GCGCGUGGUCUCAGCCCGAAGAAGGCGGAGGCGGGGACGAGGCCGGAGCUGGGGUCCCAGGUGCGAAAGCGGAGGCGGGGACGAGGCCGGAGCGCUUAUCCUCGACCAACGUGGAGUCCCAGGUACGCGAUCUCGGCCCGAAGAAGGUGAAGGUGGGGUGCUUGAAGCCAGAAGAAGGCGAGCUUCAAGAGGAGGCGACAACAAGCUCGAAGGACUUACUCUCAGAAUACGUUCUCGGCGCGUGGUCUCAACCUGAAGAAGACAGAGGCGGCGACAAG